AUGCGUUUCACUGACGCCGCCACUCUUUUAUCCUUGACUUCGCUGGUUCAUGCUGCGCCUUCUCUGCAUGGCCACCAGCACAAGCAUGCUGCUCGCCAAAUGUACGGCUGGCCUUCUGGUGGCUACCCUACCGAAUCCCAACCAAGCGGUUCCAAGCAGGGUUUCCAGGCCGGUACCUUUUUCGUGAACUGGGCCAUCUACGCUCGCAAGUUCAUGGUCACCGACCUUCCUGCCGAGCAGCUCACCAAGAUCAACUAUGCUUUCGCCAACCUCAACAACCAGACUGGCGAGAUUAUACUCUCCGAUGAGUGGGCUGAUCUGCAGUUCCCCUACCCCGGCGAUGUUGGUACCAACGGCAGCCAACUGCUGGGUAACUUCAACCAGCUGUACAAGCUGAAGCAGAAGAACCGCAACCUCAAGGUCGUCCUCUCCGUCGGUGGCUGGAGUUACAGGAACAACUUCAAGCCCGCCUUUUCCACCGAGGCAGGCAGGACGAAGUUCUGCGACAGCACUAUCCAGCUGAUUGGUGACCUUGGUAUCGACGGUAUCGACUUCGACUACGAGUACCCCGAAGACACGACGGCCGCCCACAACUUUGCUAAGACGGUCAAGUACUGCCGCCAGAUCUUUGACCAGUACUCGGCCAAGUACUACAACGGCUACCGCUUCGUCAUUGGCAUCUCCUCCCCUGCCGGACCCCAGAACUACGAAAUCUUCCCUCUUGCUGAGAUUGACCAAUACGUCGACAACUACAACCUCAUGGCCUUUGACUACCAGGGCCCCGGAUUCUCCAACUUCACUGGUCACCUCAGCAACGUGUACCCAAGCAAGAAGAACCCCAGAUCUACCAACGGCUGGGUUGUCAAGACCAACUCCUUCACGCCUUUCAACACGGAGCGCGCCAUUGAGUACUACAAGACGCAGAUCGCCGACCCCAGCAAGAUCCAGCUCGGAAUGCCCCUGUACGGUCGCGGAUUUGCCAACGUUAUUGACCCCAAACCCGCCGGCAACGGUAUGGGUAUGGUCUUCAACGGCUCGACUGCCGGAAGCUUCGAGGCAGGUGUCAUUGACUACAAGCAACUCCCCCGCUCCAACGCUUCGCUCUACACCGACUGGAAUGUCCGCGCUGCCUGGACUUACGAUCGUGUCGCCAAGGAGGUCAUCACCUUUGACACUCCUCAGGUUGCCCUAUGGAAGACACAGUACCUCAAGGAGCAGGGUCUCGGUGGAGCCUGGUUCUGGGAGUCGUCUGGCGACCGGCCAAUCACUGACCCCAAGUCCCUUACCCGCACUGUUGUUAACGCCCUUGGUGGUGUGGCUAGCUUCCGCCAGAACCAGAACAACCUUUACUACCCCAACUCCAAGUACUACAACAUUCGCAGCGCUGUCCACAACACUACCACCUCCUAUUAA